AUGUCUGGACCCAUCUCAUUCACGGUCAAGCCGCCUUCGGCACCUCAUAGACCCAGUCCGCUGGGAAAUGGAGGCUAUCGCUCGGGGCCACCGUCCCGGCGUAUGUUUGAGUCAGGGCACGACGAUGAGGACAACGAGGAUGAGCGUUCACAUCAUCGCCGUGAAGGGAGGAGAGAAGAGCGAGUGGAGGGGUUCAGGAAUGGCAGGUCUCACGGAGAACCUAAGGACGAACCCCUGGUAAUCCCUUCUUUGCCUAAUCGAGAUUGGCGACAAACUGUUCAGCGACGGACUCCUUCUUUUCGACCAGAGGAAAGGAAGCAGGAUGGUGAGAUGAUUACACAUGAACGGACUGGAGACGGACCUCAACGGUCAGGAAUACGGAUACCCGUAAGGACAGAGAUGCAGACCAAUGGGGAAUCAUCAACAACUCCAACGGCAGUCAGCGCAGCGGACGAGAGCGACGCAGGAUCAGUCGUCCGGUCGGAACCUUUGAGUUUAGAGCAACAAGCCUUGGCGGAGAUCCUAGCUGGGGGUCAUCACACAGAGACCGAGGAGGAACGCGCCCAACGCGAGCUUGUCAUUGCAAUGUCGGAGGGCAAAGACAUGACGGAAGAAGAGGCUUAUCGUCGAGAUGUGGACACUCUACCGGAAGAGUCGACAUUGGAGGAUUACGCUGCUAUCCCGGUAUCUGCCUUCGGUCUCGCUAUGGUCAGAGGCAUGGGCUACGAUCCAAAAUCUGAAAAGGGCACCGUGGUUCAUGAACCGAAGAUUCGUCCUCAGCUGUUGGGUCUCGGAGCGACACCUAUGGAUCCCUCGAUUCGUCCGACGCAUUCGAAGCACGGCUCCAAGUCUGCCAAGGAGCGACAAGAAGAGCGUAGGACCAAGACUGGAAGAGGUUUCAAUGCCGCGAACUUGCUUGUGAAGCAGGAGCGAGAAGGCAGUUCGUCCAGCAUCACUCCGUCAGGCUCGACAUUAGCAAGCCCGAAUGGAAGCGAAAGGAGACGUCGAAGAGAGGAAGGCGACAGAGAUUAUGACACUGGGAGGGAAGUGAAAAGAGAGCGGAACGAUGAAGAUCAGGCCUCGUCUCGUGAUCGUGAUCGCGAUAGAGAUAGGCGGCAUCAGAGAGUAUAUGAGACGGAAGAAGAGAGGAGUGAGCGAAAAGCUCGAGAAAGGAGAGAUAGAGAUAGAGACAGAGAGUAUGAGACGGAUGAAGAACGAGCGGCGCGCAGAGCUAGGGAGAGACGUGAGCGUGAUAGAGAUUAUGAGACUGAAGAGGAGAGGAUGAGGCGGAAGGAGCGGGAGAGAAGGGACCGGGAUCGUUAUGAUGAUCGGGAGAGAGAUCGGUAUAGAGAUGAUAGAGAUCGACGAAGGGACCAUCAUUAG